CUCGAGUCUCGGGUGGGCAAGGCUGGCGCGAGGAGCUUGCAAGAGGCGGAGACGGCCGCAGCCGUCGCCAUGCAAGCCAAGUGGCGGGGGUACCGCGAGCGAGCGCGCUCCGCCCGACUGCUGUCUCUCUCCUCCUCCUCCUCCUCCUCCUCCCCCUGCUGCCUUGGCGUGCCGCUACCGGGCAAGGCGACGGCGCUCGCGGACGCGGCGCUCACCGCCGCCUCCGCCGCCCUCCCUUGCCUCGCCUCCCUCUCCUUCCACCCGCGCGCACGCGCGCUCGCUCUCGCGACGGCGAGGGAGCGCGAGGAGCGGGGCCACGUCACCGUGACGCUGCUGUCCGCGGAGGGGCUCAAGGCGGCGGACCGGGGCGGCACCUCGGACCCGUACGCGGUCCUCGACCUCGCGGCGAGCAAGCGUCGGUCAUCUGUUGUCAAGAAGAGCCUCGCGCCGGAGUGGGACGAGACUUUCUCGUGGAACGGGGUCCUCUUCGACCUGCUGCAGGACGGGCUCGUCGUCUCCCUCUUCGAUCGCGACAAGGCCUCCCGCGACGACUGCCUCCCGCCCCUCUCUCUCUGCCAGGCUCCGUCAAGCUACGCAUCCGCUGGCGCUCCGCAGCCGCCGAGUGGGCCGAGGCGAGGGAGGCGGCGCUGGCGGCGGCGCGGCCCCUCCCGGUCCCGGUGCCGCCCUCCUCGCUCUCGUCGCGAGGCGUGGUGUCGGUGCGGCUCUUCUCGGCGCAGGAGUUGCGCGGCGCGGACGCCGACGGUCUCUCCGACCCUUACGCAGAGGUGCGGCUCGGCAGCCGCGGUGCUGUCCGCUCGUCGAUCUGCUCGAGGACGCGCGACCCGGUCUGGGACGAGACCUUCUCCUUCGGCGGGGAGGUGGCGCAGCUGCUGGCCGAGCCGCUCGCCAUCUCCCUCUACGACAAGGACGCGUCACGACUCGACAGAGACGACUCGCUCGGCAAGGCGACUCUCGACCUCUCGCCCCUCCGCACGCAAUACGCGGCGGCGCUGACGGGCACCGUGCUCUACAAGCGAUCCCAGCCUCGGGGGCAGGUGCACGCCGUCGUCUCGUGGGUGAGCGGCGAGGAGCCCAGCGGCGACCAGGCGGGGCAGCAGCAGGCGGGGCAGCAGCAGCCGCCCUCUUCUGGGGGAGCGGCGCAGCCGCCGCCAGGGCUGCAGGGUCUCCGGCUGCCAGCUGUGAAACUGCCGCCGCGGCCGGCCAGGCUCUCGCUUGGCCGGGUGGGCCGGCGGCAGGCUGCGUCGAUACGUGGCCAGCAUGGCGCGAGCCCCGACGGGUCGGGCUACAGCCCGUCAGGGGGGUCCGACUUGGCUGUCUGAGAGGUGUCACAUUCCCUCGUGGCCGCGCCCCCGCUAAAUAAAUAAAUCCAACGGACACCUCUACUAGGAGAUGGGUAAAAAGAAACGGGUCCCCGCCCGUGCGAUCUUAAUGCUUGAUUUAAUGC